GCCUUGCCUUAGAUGUCGCCCUAAGUGAACACUCAUACUUCUCGAACGAAUACGUAAACACUCGUAAAUCGGCAGCUAGUUUCCACGUUAAAUUAUCAGUAUGUCGAAGAGGGUGAGCAUUGUGCUGCCCGACGAGAUGCCCUUGGGCUUGUCAAAAAGCGAGGAUGCGCCAAAACCCAAGGCCAACCUAAAGAGCUCCAUGAGAGCAGGACCCAGCAUCAAAUCGGAUCUUGUGCCACCCGUGUUUGUGUUUGUCAGCCCGGAGAUCAGUGCGAGUUCGGAGGUCUCAAGUCCACGGCCCACAUGCAGUUCCCCCAGCGGCAUGUCCCUCAACAAUUGGAUGCGCAGGGAUUCUUCUACUGGAGGAUCUUUGGAUGCUGAAUCACCCGCAGAGAACUGGACUAUGAUCCGCAGUGGGUCAUCGAAUAAUAACUUGGAUACCUCCUGUUCUUCCAUCAAGCAGUUCCUCAGGAGCACAGUGGCCUUGGUCAGAGCAGGAGAGUCCUUUACGUCUGUAAAGCACCUUUUCUACAACUUUAUCAAAAGCAGCAGCUACAGCUCGCAUUCCAGCCCCUCGGAGGAGGAGCUCUCAAGUCGGCGGAUGACUUCCUCACCCACUGCCUCCCAGCUGGUCCGCAGGGAAAACCCCUACCUCAGCGAGUCGAAUGAUACGAUUACGUCGAACAACAACUCGCCCCAGUUAACCAUUCCCUGCCCUUCGCAGAUGACCACUUGUACGCACCGCUCCAGCUACUCAUCCAACCCCCUGAAAUACGAAAUGUCGACCAGCUGGCUCUCAGACGUCUCCCCGCUGACGGGUUACACGCCCAACUCCACCGAGCUGAGCCACAAGGAAGUUGGCUAUCAGAGCGAUGUCUCCCUGAAAACCUACGCCUCCGUUCAGGCACAAGCGAAGAGCCAAGACACAACUUCCAUUCAGACACAACAGAAAAGCCAAGAAGACGUUUUGGUAGACUCAACUUUAAUGCCUGCUGAGGGCGGGCUGUCAUGUUGUACCUCGGAAAAGGACUUGAGUCUAGGACAAUCUCAGGGCGGAGAUAUCAAGACAUUGCCCGAACUGCCAAAGACUUUAAACCUGUUGAGCGAUGCCUGGGAAACCAACAAGGUUCGCAGAUCCGGGGGCUCCAGCAAUAGGUCCUUGCCACACAUUAAAAAGCAUACAAGAAAAAGUUCACCCUGGAGAUCUCCCAAGAUGUCACCUAGGAGACAGGCCCCCAAAACGGCGGCAUCGGAACCCACCAUCAGCGCCCCUGAAACCCAUUCCCAGGACAAUCGAUCGGCGAGAUCGAGUGGAUCAAGCCAAAGAAGCAGUCGGCUGACGGUCAGACAAGCUGAAAAGAAGACGCCACAGGUGUCACCCAGAAACUCUGUGACUUCUGGCAUGUCCCAGAAGGUUGUCGAAGUACAGGACAUGGAGCCAAGUUCCCAGAUUGAACAAAUAUGCAGAUCCUCCGAGGCCACCGGACCAGAACGGAGUAGCCAAAUGUCCCGUAGAGUAAAUUUCCUGUUCACCAUUGUAAGUCCCGAGGAGGGUGGCCCCAGCCAACCAGAAAAUAGCACUGAAAAGGACAUCGAAGAGCGUUCUACCUGUGUUACCUACCAGGAGGAGUGCAAAUGUCACCACUGCCAGGACAUGCGGAGGGCCGUCAGGCGGGUAGAGUACUUCCAGUCGCCCGAGGGCCAGAAGCGUAUGGAGUCCAAGCUGCUGGCCAAGAACUUCUUCAUGGAUCUCUGUGCUCUUUCGAAGGUGCGCAAGGAGAUCCAGGCCGACCUGUAUGGCACUCGAAAACAUCCUUCGUCGCGCGUCAGCUAUCCGGUGAGCAUCUGUGGCGCUUGCCGGCUGGACGGCGGAUCCCUGACCCUCAACUGGUUCACCCACGACCUGGACUGUGUGGACCACUUCGAGUUCUUUGUGGACGACAAGCGGAGCAAGAGUGUCUUCAACAAGCGGGCCACCUCCACAGUGCUAAUCGAUGUGAAUGCCUCGACGGAACAUCGCCUAAAGAUGCGCGCUGUGCCCGUGCGAGGAUGCGGGCCACAGGACUCGCCUGUGGACAAGCUGAUGUCGGAGGUGGCUGCCGGCCACAUGAGGAAUGUACGGCAGGGCCAGCUCUUUGCCAGCUGCCUUAAAUUCCUGGACGCCCAGCCACAGCGUUCGCUGGUGGAUUUCUGGACGGACAGCGAGUUCCUGUACCUGCCCACCUGUGACCCGUCGUGUCCAGGCCAGAAGGGCCGCUAAUAAUGAUUUAUCAUAAGUGUAGAGUCCAGUUUGGAACAGUUGGGCAAACAUAAAUUGAUUACUUUAA